AUGAGCGCAGCGCAAGCGCUGAAGGAGGCGCUGUGGUUCCCCAAACUCGGGGGAGACCUUGAGUUGGACCUCGGGACGGUCCUGAUCUACUGCGACAACCAAGGGGCAAUAUGGCUCCUCAAGCACCCGAUCGCUUCACAGCGGUCGAAGCACAUUGACGUGAUUCAUCAUUUUGCACGGGAGCGUGUGGCACGCAAGGAGGUCGCGUUCGCGUACUGCGGGACGGAGGACAUGAAGGCGGACAUCAUGACCAACGCACAGUCUGCCUCUACCGUCGGGGAAGUGGCAACGAUUCCCUCGGGCUGGUUCCACGGGGAACACCGGUUCGAGAGUAUCGCCCACCAUCCCUCCUGCGGGAAAGAAGAAGAUCCCGCAAACAAACCAGGAAAAGUGGCGAGCGUGCGUCACCUGAGUGGGGAAGUACGCCAGGCUGGCACACACGUUGCUUCCUCCCAGGGAUGGCUUGACCGGCGCAGGGGUCGGGGACGGGGGAACGGGAGUGGGGGCAGCGACCGCGGGAGGGGAGCCUGA